CUUGUCCUUAAUUAAUAAUAAUAAUUAAAUAACAAUAAUAUAUUAAAUAAUUUAAAAAUAAAUAAUACUUAAAUUAAUAACAUUUAAAAAUGAGUGAAGACGUUAGCGAAGAUAUUUGGACGCAAUGGUUUUUGGACGCAAUACGUAAAAUACGAUCACAAAAGCAACGACCAAGCGUUGAACGUAUUUGUCAUGCAAUACGACAACAUCAUGCGUUCCAUGAAGACGUUGUAGCGGAACAUUUAGAGGUGGCUGUUAAAAAUGGAUCGGUAUUGAAAGUGUUUAAUAAAGGUCAAAGUUCAUAUAAAGAUCCUGGUGGUUUUGUACAAAAUAGACAAUUAAAAGUAUCAAAAACAUCAGAUUUAUCACGUAUCAUUGCGAAAUCUGUUGGCGAAUUAGGGGAACGUGACGGGUCCACAUUAAAAAGUAUUGAGAAAUUUAUUUUACAAUCACAUUCAGUCAGUUUAGAUCCUCCUGACUUGGAUUUAAAACAAUUGUUAAGGGUAUCGGCUAAACGAGCUGUGGCCAGAGGACUAGUCGUCCAAGAUGGUAAACUGUUUAAAGUUCGUUUGAUGCCCAUAUCAAGUCCAGUGACUUUAAAGAAAAAGGAAUCAACUACUACAUCACCCAAUAAACUCAAAACACCUGAAAUUGAUUCUGCACUCAAGUCGUCUAUGGUUGCAUCAUUAUCAAUAUGUACAGAAUGUCUGGGUACAGAAACAAAAAAUAAAAAUGGUAAUCCAGAAAAGUUAAGUUCAUGUUCUGAUUGUGGUACAACUUAUCAUUUAAGUUGUAUGCCAUCAGGACCAGAUUUAGCGCUCUUAUUAUCAAAAGACAUGCGAUGGUUUUGUGAAGAUUGUCGUACAUGUAAUGGAUGUACGGUACCAGAUUUAGAUGUUUGCCUUCUAUGUUGUUCAACGUGUGACAGAAAUUAUCAUUUGAAAUGUUUGGAUCCACCUGUAGAUAAAAAAAGUAAAACACCAUGGCGAUGUCGACAUUGUUCUCAACAUGAUACUGCUAUCAAAAAGUCACAGAAAUUGGAUGCAGCUAAUUCUGUACGAAAAAAAUUGAAUAAAGAUCGAGAUAAAGAUGUCACCACUAAAAAAUUACCCAAAGAAGCAAUAUCAAAUAACAAUGACAGUACAAAAUUACAAAAAAUACCAAAAAAAUCAAAUCAAUCAACAAGCAACCAACAAAUAACGAAAACAACAAAUCUAACGGCAAUUCAACCAAUAACAAAACAAUCACGUUUAGAGGACACAACUACAGAAGAUGAGAGUGAAGAUGAUUCAUCAUCAACUGAUCAAGAGAAUCAUCUACGUACGAAUCAUCAAACAACAACAUCAAGUGCAAUAUCUUCUUCAAAAACUAUCAUUGAUUCACCAUCAAAUAGUUUAAAUUCAUCGAUCACACCUCACAUUGAAACAAACGAUCGAAUAUCUAAAGAAAAACAAAAGUUCUUCAGAUUAUCUGCAUUUAAUGCUGAUAAGAAACGGACUAAAACAUUAAAUAACACCAACACCAUUGAUAACAAUAAAACAAUUAAUAAUGAAGUGAUUACUCCAACAAUUAAAAAUAAAAUUAAUAAUGAAGUUAUUACUCCAACAAUUAAAACUAAAUCAAACAAUGAAGUCAAUCAAACAUCUUCACUUAAAAAUAAACCUGUAAAUGAAGUGGCACCAGUUGCUAAAAAUAAAAAUGAAGUUACACCAACUACUAAAAAUAAUAUAAAAGAAGUUGCAACAGUUACUAAAAAUAAAAAUGAAGUUGCAGCAGUUACUAAAAACAAAAAUGAAGUUGCAACGGUUGUUAAAAAUAAAAUAAAUAAUGAAGUGGCUGCUAAAAAUAAAAUGUCAAUCCAGUUAAAACAGUUAAAAAGAAAGUAG